AUGUCUUCUAACUCCGGAGCUGGAUCUGAACCUGCUGGCAAUACGCCGCCUCGACGUACACCUACAGACUCGUCCUACUAUGACUUUCACGGAACACCAUCCGACAGAAGCGGCAACGGCCAGACCUGGAUGUACGCCCGGGACGCUCGAGCACAACAGGCUGGAGCAUCUCCCCAGGCGGCACGUCCAUACCCCAGCUACUUCGGCAACAAGGACCAAACGCCCGUCACUCUUACAACCGCAGCUGAAGCCAUCCCACAUCCAAGCGGGCGCACAACCCAAGGAUGGCUUCACCAACCGCUAAUUCCCAACCAAACGACAAUGUUUAACCCCGGACAAAACAUGCCUGGUGCAGUACGAAGUGUUUAUCCUCCAAGUGACCCUUCGACAUUUGAUGUUAUUUAUCACUCGGGCGUACGCAGAGAGUUCAACAAUGCGACGUAUCACCCGGCCAAUCGAUAG